AUGGCCAGGCACACUACGACCUUCUCUCUACUGGUUCUGACAUUGUCUGUCAGUAUACCACACAGUACAGGCAGGCGGCAGUGCGCGGAGGUGAUCGAUGAUCCUCGAUCUGUGUUCAAUCAGUCGAACGUUUACACGGAGCCCCUUGCGGCAUACAUAGCCACAGAUCUAGUAGACUGCAUGGGCAUUUGCUGCUAUGACGAAAUAUCCUGCAAUGUUGGAGUUUACAUGGAAUCAUCUCCUAGCGACAUCAACUGCUGGUUAUACUUCUGUUAUACCCUGGACUCUUGUGCCGUCGAGAUCAGAAAGAGAUCCGUUGUUUUCGUGAACUACAACCAUCCUACAGAUAACGACAACAUACAGACUUCACAGAAUCCAGGCUAUCCGACUCCGGUGUACCAAGACAGUAAUGUAGAUUACGCCAACACGAAGUGGAACACUGACAAUACACCUACAUAUAAUAAAAAUGAAACAGACGAAAACGCUAGUAACAGUUUUGCUUCACUAGAAGGGAAUACAGUUUCUACACCUCCAUCUAUGACAGCUGAGGUGGCGUCAGUAACAGAACCUGAACUGAUUUCUGAAACAACACAUAAAAACACCUUACUGUCACUUGCCAGUCAAAGUAUUUUCCAAUAUGACACUUUUAUAAUGCCUGGCAAUGAAGUUGUUUUAAAAAAUGACACCUUUACCACAACACUUAACGAGACUGGUUGGGAAAAUGGCCCAAUCUUUGCAAAUAUUAGUAAAGAAAUUGAAGGAAAUAUCACAUCGGAAUCUUUAUUUACCAAUGAAAAUGACACAGGUCAUGAAAAUGACAAUGCUACCGUGUCAGUCAAAGAUGAACAUGAUAUUGAAAGUGUCACAUUUUGGGCAGCAGACCAGCUGACUAGUAUUAAUUCUUCUUUUAGCCUGUCAACAUCAGAAGUUGUUUUAGCACAAAUACCAGGUACGAAAGAUCAACAUUUCUACAGUUCUCAGCAAACACUGCACAGCGAAGACUCCGCAAUACACCCAACAGACACAACUUCCUACAGUGACUUGCUCGCUGCCAUGACGAUUUUCUCUAGUGGCGACUGGUCAACGACAUUUGUGGUCAGUGCAACAUCGCAUUUUGAGUCUACUAUACAUCUUUCAGAACAAGGAGGGGAAAGCCUUGUAAUGUUGGAGUCAGUGAUGACAGUUAACUCAAGCGGUUAUGUCAGUUCGACCCGGAAUAUGGCAGAGGAGGAUGUCACAAACUUGCUUGAGAGCACGGAGACAUCCCCAGUGCCCCAACAAUCAGCCUCAAUGACAUCUGACAUAUUCCCGCCUUCUGAUCUUCAAUCUCAGCAUUCCCCCAACGGCACGGAGUCGCGUGCAGACAUCAAUUAUCAACCUUCAGAAGCCACCACAGGUUUGCUGAUUUCAGCCCUGACUGUCGGAUGUGUCUGCGCUCUUGCUGUUGUGGUAGUCCUGAGUUUGAGAAUUUACGACGGAUACAAGAAACGUCAUUAUUCCAGAUUGGACUAUUUGAUUAACGGGAUUUACAACUGA